GUGCUUAAAGUCGCAAGUGUUCUGUUGUAAACAACCAGCAGCGUUUUUAGUGAAUACAUUCCGAACGGCAACUUAAAUGACCAGAGAAGAGAAAUACAACCUUCCUAUACGGACAGCUACGUAACAAACAUGUUGCUAGGUAGAACAGGGAUCUAUUUUAGUGUUACUACUUCCGGUCCGUCUGUUUCUUCUUCCCCCAGCUCACGUGUGUUGUUUUUUAAACGCAUCAUGGCUUUUCUUUUUGAGUGAAGUUUAAAAAAUAUAUCAUUUGUCGACAUGGAUCUGGCUUCGAAGGACUCAUACAUCCAGAAGCUGACGAGCAAAUUUUUAAAUCAACGAGAGCAGAAACCAAAGAAGAGGACAUUUGCUCAUUUUAACGGCAAGAAAGAUGCUGGACCUGCACAGAAGAAGAAAAAGACCCCAAAAUUACAGGAUGAGAGAAGUGAUGAUAAUAGUAAUAACAAGAAGAAGACGAAGAAGAAGCAUCAGCUUACCCCCGCACCACAAAAGAAGUCCCGUCCAGCAACACACAACGGCGGGCCCAAAAUAAAUGGAAGUACACAACAGACAUCAGAAAAAGGAGGAAAUGUGAAGGCCACCUUCUCCGCAGUUGAUGUUCUCCGUAGGAGGCUGCAUGAAAAGAUUGAAGAGGCCAGAGGACAGGGAGCCCCAAAGGACGCCCUGUCAGAGGAAGUCCAAGCCAAGCGAGCCAAGCGAAAACUGGAGCGUGAGCGCAAGAAGAGGAAGAAGCAGGAGUUCCGCAUGAAGAAACUGGCUGAGGCCAAAGCUCAAAACCAGCAGCCGGAGGUCAAACAAGAAGAGGAGCAAGCGCCGGCCGUGGGCAAAAGGCAGGAGACGGCCAUGGUCUUCAACACGGUGCAGACGGUGGAAGACGAGUACGUGGACAAAGUGUUGAAAAAGAAGACCAAGAAGCAGCACGUCAAGGGCCAGAUCACGCCGCUGUCAGGCAAGAACUACAAGCAGCUGCUGAGCCGUGUGGAGGAGCGCAAAGAAAAGCUGGAGAAGCUCAGGGAGCGAGACGAGGGCAAGGCCCGCGACAUGGAGAUGAAGAUGAAGUGGACCAACGUGCUCUACAAAGCCGAGGGCGUCAAAAUCAAGGACGACGAGGGCAUGCUGCGUACCGCCUUGGCCAGGAAGGAGAAGCGGCGCGCUCGGUGCAAGAAGCAGUGGGAACAGAGGAGCGAGAGCGUCGUGGAGAAGAUGCAGAAGAGGCAGGACAAGCGGCGUAGGAACCUCCAGAGGCGGAAGAACUUGAUGGUGGAGAAGAAGAAGGCCAAGGCCAGGAAGAAGGGCAGGGUGCUGGCUGAGGACUUGGAAAAGGCUGCAGUGUAGUUGUGGAUCAUUAUUUGCUUAUGAUGGAACAAAACACAUGCAACAUGUAUGGAAGCCCCUUUCUGCUACCCAAAGAAAAAACAUCCCAAUGGCAAGUUAGCACUGUGAGGUAAAAAGUCAUAAUUAUGAGAUAAAGUCAUUACUAUGUGGUAAAGUCAUAAUUAUGAGCUAAAAAGUCAAAAUUAUGAGCUAAAACGUCAUAAUUAUGACAUCAAAAGUCAAACUUACAUGAUACAAACUGCUCAUGUGCCGCCACCGCCUUCACUGGAGCCUUCGCAGUUUUUAUCAAUAUUUGGACUUUUUAUUUUGUAUUUAUGACUUUCCUAUUUCAUAAUUCUGACUUUCUCAUCAUUUUGACUUUUUAUCUCGAUAAUUUGCACUUGUUCUCUCCUGAUUAUGACUUCAUAUCUCGUAAGUUUGACUUUUAAUCUCCCGAUGAUGAGUUUCAUAUAUUGCUUUUUUUUCACGUCCAUAAACAUCAGAAUC